GGCUCCAGCCCCCUGGGGUGCCUGAGCUCUUCAGGAGUUUGGUCUCAUUGCCAUAGGGGGAAUCUGUUGCACAACUUUAGGGACAGCGAAGCCUGAGCAGAGCCAGGGACCCAACCAGGAGGGCGGCUGGAGAGGUAGGUGGGAGCCACCAGGGACCGGCUGGGUGGUCAGCCAGAACGAGAGGGAAGGACAGAGAGGAGAGAUGAGAUGGGAGCUUCACGUGGCUGGGCCAGGAGCAAGAGCUUUCUGGAACAGAGCAGGUCCUGAGGGGCAACUGAGAGACCUUCUCCAGGGAGAAGGAGCCUCAGGGCCUUGGGUGUGGGCCAGGCUUCUUCCAGAGGGGCGUUUCCAGCUAGCCUCACACAUUUUCCCGGGUCCUGCUUCACUUUGCUCUCUGUUGGGCACCUGGGUCGGGAUUGAGCACCUCGAGGAAGUGACCAGGCCCCUCUACCUGGUUGUUCAGCCUCUACCUUUGGCCAGAGGUGCGCGGAGUCAGAGGAGAACCGCUUCUGAGUGCUGUCACAGGUACAGAGCCAGUGUGGCCCUGCUGCCAGAAGGAAGAGGGCCUGGGCCCACAGGACACCCCACUCCACUGCAGGCCUGAAUCAGAGUCCAGAAGUCAUCCAUGCCACAGCUCACUUGGUGACCACAGCACCCCGGCAGUGGCAACCUCAAUGGCUCGACUCCCUGCUGGCAUCCGCUUCAUUGUCUUCUUCUCCCGGGAUCAGUGGUACGGGGCCUUCAUCUUUGCGCUCACAUACUUGCUGUAUGCCAGUUUUCACCUGUCUCGGAAGCCAAUCAGCAUAGUUAAGGGUGAGCUCCAUAAGCCCUGCGCUGCGGGGGAUGAGGCUGAGCCCAGACUUGGCGACCCCAGCGACAUUACCGGGCUUGCUGCCCUGCACCAGCUCCAGGACAACGAGAGCGACUGUGGCUGGGCCCCAUUCGAUAAGGACAACUACCAGCAGCUGCUCGGGGCUCUGGACUACUCCUUCCUGUGCGCUUAUGCCGUGGGGAUGUACUUGAGUGGCAUAAUAGGGGAGCGCCUGCCCAUCCGGUACUACCUGACUUUCGGGAUGCUUGCCAGUGGAGCCUUCACUGCCCUGUUCGGGCUGGGGUAUUUCUAUGAUAUCCACAGUUUGGGAUUCUACGUGGUCACUCAGGUCAUCAAUGGACUGGUACAGACCACCGGCUGGCCCAGCGUUGUCACCUGCCUCAGCAACUGGUUUGGGAAAGGAAGGCGGGGUCUGAUUAUGGGGGUGUGGAACUCCCACACCUCUGUAGGCAACAUCCUGGGCUCCUUGAUAGCCGGCUACUGGGUGUCCACGUGCUGGGGCCUGUCCUUUGUUGUUCCUGGAGCUAUCAUGGCCACCAUGGGGAUGGUGUGCUUUCUCUUCCUCAUUGAACAUCCCAAGGACAUCCACUGCACCUCCACCCUGAGCACGCAUUCGAAAGCCUACGAGAAUGGUACAAACAGAUUUAGACUCCAGAAGCCAGCAUCACUCAGCGAAAAGAGCAGGCCCCUGGACCCAGAGAUGCAGUGCUUGCUGCUGCCCGAUGGGAAGACCCCCAUCCACCAGAGCCACAUCGUCGUCCUGCCGGGGGACAGCAGCAGCAUGGCCAUCAGCUUCACAGGGGCCCUGAGGAUCCCGGGCGUGAUCGAGUUCUCUCUAUGCCUGCUCUUUGCCAAGCUCGUCAGCUACACCUUCCUCUUCUGGCUUCCACUCUACAUCACCAGUGUGGAUCACCUCGAUGCGCAGAGGGCAGGAGAGCUGUCCACGCUGUUCGACGUGGGGGGGCUAUUCGGUGGGAUCCUGGCAGGUGUCAUCUCUGACCGGCUGGAGAAGCAGGCUUCCACCUGUGGCCUGAUGCUGCUGCUCGCUGCACCCACGCUGUAUGUAUUCUCUGCAGUCAGCAGCAUGGGCCUGGAAGCCACAGUCGCCAUGCUGCUGCUCAGCGGGGCACUGGUCAGCGGGCCCUACGCACUCAUCACCACUGCCGUCUCUGCUGACCUGGGCACGCAUAAAAGCCUGAAAGGAAACUCCCACGCCCUCUCCACAGUGACAGCCAUAAUCGACGGGACUGGCUCCAUAGGAGCAGCCCUGGGCCCCCUGCUGGCUGGGCUCAUCUCCCCGUCUGGAUGGAGCAACGUGUUUUAUAUGUUGAUGUUUGCAGAUGCGUGUGCCUUACUGUUCCUGGUCCGCCUCAUCCACAAGGAGCUGAGCUGCCCUGGACCAGCAACGGGAAACCAAGCUCCGCUAAAGGAACACUGACCGUGAGUCCUGUGGAGGAGCUUGUCCUGUCCUUCACAAACUGUCCUUUGCACAACGCUAAACAAGGAUCCUGUCCUGCCUAGAAUGACACAGAACUGAGCUAGAAACUCUAGGUCUGAGUAAGCUGACAGGCAUCCAGGACAGCGGUGGGCAUCACAGGGACACUGCAGUUGCAUCUCGAGCCCAAGACGACACAGCCGUCCAGCCCCAGCUUCACAGCCAUGCAGCCCCUGGCUACCCUGAUCUAGCAUAUGCCAGUGUUGGAGGUGACCAGUGCCCUUGGGCAUAGCCUCUGUCAGGUGUGCCAGUGUUGAAUGCUAAAGCCACAGCCUGGGAGCUCCAGCCAUCGCGUCCUUUCCUGAGCCCACAGGUGCUGAGGGAGGGGACAGAUGUGGGCACAGGGACACCCCAGCUCCACGUGGCUCUGGGAAUUGUGGGCACUGCUCAGAAACCAAGACAGUUCCAUGCAUCAGGAGUCACUCGGGGGUUUCUCCCAUUCGUCUGUGCCCAGUGCUGACCUGGAAGCUGAAGGUGUCCAGCGCGAAUGACUGAAGCAAUGAGCUAGCAGCGCCAUGGAGGCACCAGGGCGCAGUCAGAGCUCCUGCUGUCCAGGGCCUGCCAUGCUGUGCGCUAUGGGUCGGGUCCAGGGAGGCCAGACGUGGACUAGAGGCUGCCUCUGAGACAUGCACCAACACCAGGCUGUUUCUAAGUACACACCACGGGGGUUAUUUAUUUAAAAUGUAUUUUGUGUUAUGUAAGGUUUAAGACAUGUAAGUGGCAUUUUGUUAUUUAUUAAGAUAAAUUACAAUGGUUCUCUGAUCAUUUGAUUUUUGGGGUUGGAUCUAGCAAAAUAUUUAUCUGCCCUUUGAAAUAAAAUGGGUAUCAGAAAAACAAAAAUGCAAGCAAAAUACACAGAGAAUGAGUCAUUACUGCUCGUGUGUGGCUUUGGUCUCCCAGGACUGGAUCCACAGGAGUCUGGAAGAACAGGGCUCGCAUCCAAGGAGCUCUUCCUUAGCAUGAGGCUCAGCCGAGGACCCAGCAAACCAGGCACUUGGAGAUUUUAUCCUAACCUUUGUCCUUCACU